AUGAUGGGCGCGUUCCAGCGCUGCAAGCGGAUGUUCAAGACCGUUCGGGGCUUGUACAAGGAUGCGCCCCUCGUGUUCAUCGGCGUGCUGGUCGUCAUCGCGCUGAUCAUCAUGAUAGCUACUUUGUUCAGCAUGGUGCUGACGCGGUUGGUCGGCGGGCACGGCGCGCUGGUGGCGGACUUGGUGCUCUUCUGGCUGUUCGCGCGGCUGGUCGCCAGGGUGCUCAUGUUCCCGGGCUCGCUCAAGCUCUUUCAGCGCAACACGGAGGCCACCUUCCGUGCGGAGCUGUCGCGGCAGUACGUGCACUACCUGCGCCAGCUCUGGAAUUUCCUGCGCCGCGCCAACCGCCAGCUGGACGGCCUGCCGCGCGGCAUCAGUGCGGACGGCUGCGCCCGCGGCUGCCACAUCAUCGAGUCGCUCGGCGCUGGCCUGGCUCUGCAGGAGCAGGAGCACGGUGUGCGGCUGAGCAGGGAGCAGCGCUCGCUGAUGGAGCUCACGCAGGAGCUGGAGCGCUGGCUCGCUGCGACCCGGCUGGUGCACCGGCAGCUGCCGCACCAGCAACCGGAGCAGCAGCACACCAGCAGCCUCCAGUCUUUCUUAGGCUGGUGCCCCACCAGGGGCACCGCCGCCCUCGACCUCCCAGCGCAGGGUCGACCCAGCCCAUCCGUCUAG